UGAUUCAAACAGAGUUAACAACUGCCCCAGAUGGAAACAUUUCUUCCUACUACUAAUACUACCAUCUAACCCAACAAUCUAAUAAUUCUCAAGGGACUAAAAGGGGCAUUAAUUAAGAUCACUCAUCAAAAGUUUGAUUCUGUUUCCAGUUUCCAACUUUCCUGGUAUGGCAUUAGAGGCAGUUAAUGACAGAAAAGCUGAAGUUCAAGCAUUUGAUGAUUCUAAAACGGGUGUAAAAGGUGUCCUAGAUUCUGGGGUAACAAAGAUCCCUACCAUGUUCCAUGUCAAGUUAGACUCAACUCACACCUCACCAACUCACUCCAACUUCACCAUCCCAAUCAUAGAUCUUCAGAACAUAAACAGCAAUUCAACUCUGCAUGCUGAAGUGGUUGACCAGCUUAGGAGUGCAUCUCAGAAGUGGGGAUUUUUCCAAGUGAUCAAUCAUGGCGUUCCUGUGGAGGUUUUGGAUGAGAUGAUCAGUGGAAUCCGCAGGUUUCAUGAGCAAGAUGCUGAGGCAAGGAAGCCCUUUUACUCGAGAGAUAGCAGUAAGAAAGUCAGGUAUUUUUCUAAUGGGAAGCUGUUCAGAGACAUGGCUGGUACUUGGAGGGACACAAUUGCAUUUGAUGUGAAUCCUGAUCCCCCAAACCCACAAGAUAUACCAGCAGUGUGUAGAGAUAUUGUGGCUGAAUAUUCAAAACAAGUAAAAGCGUUAGGUACCACGAUCUUUGAGCUACUGUCAGAGGCUCUUGGCCUUGAUCCUUCUUACCUUGAAGAAAUGGACUGCACUAAAGCACUUUAUGUUAUGGGUCAGUACUAUCCAAAAUGCCCUGAACCAGAAUUAACUAUGGGAAUUUCAAAGCACACUGAUUGUGACUUCAUAACAAUACUUUUGCAAGAUCAGAUUGGUGGUCUUCAAGUUCUUCAUGAGAAUCAUUGGGUUAAUGCUCCUCCAGUGCGAGGAGCUCUUGUUGUCAACAUUGGAGAUAUUCUGCAGCUUAUGACUAAUGACAAGUUCAUCAGUGUUUAUCACCGGGUCUUGUUGAGGAAUAUGGGCCCUAGAAUUUCUGUAGCAACCUUCUUCAUGAAUUUUACCAUAUCUAAAUGUACAUCGAAGAGUUAUGGUCCAAUAAAGGAAUUGUUAUCAGAAGAAAACCCCCCAGUCUAUAGGGACAUGAAUAUGAAAGAAAUCUUGACAAAUUAUUAUGCAAAAGGCCUUGAUGGGAGCUCCUACUUGCUGCCUUUAAGGUUGUGAAGCAAAUAAAAGUAUUAGAUCGAUCUUUUCUUGAUUCUCAUGGAGUUGGCUAGUCUGCAUCAAUUUAUCGUAGUUAACUGGUGGCUGGUGCCUAUAGGCUUUAUCUGAGAUUUUCAAUGUCCAUAGGAAUUUAAAUAAACUGUACAAGUUCUAGAAGAAUAAAGUUUUGGCAUAUUUAGUUCAUUGUACUAUAGAAGAGCAUAACUUUCAAUUUUCUGUAUUAUGACAAUUGCGUGAUAUGUUCUUGUGGUUGUCAAUAAAUUUUUCAACUUUGUUGCUGUGAAUUACAAA